GGUCGACGCAUAUCUCAAAAGAUAUUCCACGCUUUUCUUCUAUACGUUCAUCUUUCACAGUGAAUUGAAUUUGAAAAUGGUUAAGGGAAGGCCAAAGGCAAUGUCAGUUAUGAUCAUCAUAGCCACCGUAGCCACGGCCAUGACCGAUGCGGCAGCGCUUGCACAACAAGUGCCGUGUUACUUCGUGUUUGGAGACACUUUCUUUGACAACGGCAAUAACAAUGACUUGGUAACCAACGCAAAAUCCAACUAUCUACCUUAUGGUAUCGACUUUCCCAAGGGUCCGACCGGCCGGUUCACCAACGGUCGUACUAUCCCCGAUUUUCUCGCUGGAUUGCUGGGUUUCAAGGAUUUGAUCCCGCCCUUCGCCGGAUCAUCUCCUACACAAGCGCUCACCGGUCUAAAUUAUGCAUCUGGAGCAUCUGGAAUCCUCGACAAUUCCGGCAAAAACCUAGGCGAUAACCUUAGUUUGAAUAGACAGAUAGGGAACCAUUUCAGGGCGAUCACAAGGGCCGGUGUGCCAAAGGAGAGGCUGAAGAAGUGUUUGUACACGAUUAGCACCGGAAGCAGCGACUACGUCAACGACUACUUAGUGUCGCCUCCGUCCUUGAACGGUCUCUUGUUCACUCCCGACCAGUUCGCGCAGUUUCUCGUCCGUGUCUACUCUUUUCAAUUGAAGGUUUUGUAUAUACUCGGAGCAAGGAAAGUUGCACUGUUUGGAUUACCUAAACUCGGAUGCGCACCAGGGCUUGUCACCCAAGGCGGCGGUUGCGAUGAGAAGGCUAACUCCGCAGUCAAGUUGUUCAACACUAAACUCAGAGCUCUUGUCGACGAUCUCAACAAAACCCUAGCCGGUGCCAAAUUCACUUAUGUCGAUGCGUUCAACACCGCAGGGCUAGGGUUGAGGAACGAAAGCUGUUGCACGGUCCAGCCGGGGCAAAUUCUAUGUGUAGCGAACCAGCCGGUUUGUGCAAACCGGAACCAAUACGCGUAUUUUGAUGCCUUCCACUUCACAGAGGUCGUAUACUCAGUCGAUGCGAAGUCUGCCUUCACCGGCCAAACCGCUUCUCCGUACAGCAUCGCCGCACUUGCUAGUUGAUAAGCCCACCUACAUAUAUAUAUAUAUAUAUAUGAUGGACUGUAACAUAUCUACUAAAAUAAAAAUAAAAAAGCUACAAGUGGCCGUACUGUAAUAAAAUGCAAAAGCUAAGGUAUUAUGGAUAAUAAAGGUAUGAUAUCUACUCGAAUA